AUGACCGACAGGCACUGCAGUAUGGAGCACAGUGUCAAGAAGGUGAGCGACUCCUACGACGACAUCAAGCAGCGCCUAGCCUUGCUAGAGGGCAAGUUCGCUACUGCAACCUUCUCCACUUCAAGCACCCGAACCACGGAAAGCGGGGGACAAGACAACGGCUCCCGACCAGCAAUUGUGGUCGGUGGUUGGGUUGCGGAUCAAAGUGCCAGUGAAACUUACUCUACGACUGGUAAAAGAGCACGUUGCAAGUCUCGAGUUGGACCUGGACCUUCAGGACGCUUUUGUGCCUGGCCUCUGACGUGGUUUUGCUAUCGUCCGGUUUGCAACCGUCCCGGGGAACCUGACUCCGACUUCAGACGUCGCAUUCGUGAUGCCCUACGCCGUAUUCGUGGAGCAGAAGUGAUCACCGGUGAACGACCUCAAGGGGGACAUCGAUACUUCUGGGCCGCGAUGAGCGAAAGCCCUGAACGUAGAAAGAGGGCGCAGUUCGCAGGAAAGGUGAAACGGCUGGUGCUCGAAAUGGAUGGAGAUCGCCAACGACUGGACGUCGAGUUCAGCACAGGCAACAUCUGGUACGGCCAGGUUCGAGUCGCUUCCGCAGUCAGCACUGCCCCCUCAGGGGCGACUUCCGCUGCCACUGGUUGGAUCCACUUGGGGAAUUUGGCCAGACAGAUGGGUGACGAGGUUCUGUUUCACCCCAGCCCCCUUUCGGCUGGGGAACUGCAUGUGAUCACCUGGAAUGUGCGGGGUGAUAGUACUGCUGGUAAACACGCCUCCGAGAAGGGGGACAUCCAAAUCUUCGUGGGCAAGCGAGACUCGGAAUGGCGGGGGGACGACAAGAACAAUAUCUUCGCCAUGUCGGGGCACAUGCCACACCAUGCCACACUCCAGCAAGCCGAGGAGAUUACAACAGAAUGGCAACAACAGCUGCAUGAGAGCGAAAAAGCAGUCCUGGGAUGGGAUGCCAACGAGACUUUCCACCCUGGCCUCCAGCCCCAAAGCCAUCGUUCAGAAUCCGGCCGUGGGGAACAGCUGCUAGUAUGGUUGGUGACAGCAAACUUGCAGCUCCCACCGCAGAAGCUGACCGAAUAUACCUUCUUCCCGUAUGACACCGAAAUGCGAAGCCGACGUCUCGACUAUGUCUGCCUCAAGCAUACAGUCGCAACCCACGGAACGGUGCUGCACCUUCGCGACCUAGCUCGAAGCGACCAUGAACCUGUGCAUGUCACCGCCGAAAUACGGUCCGGAACAAAGGAGAAACAGCCCAGACAGCCCAAACCUUGGGGGACCCGCCAGCUCCGCCACUACAAGGAGAUUGACAACAUCAUUGCGAACUACUCGGAACGCUCUGCCGACCCCUUGCUGGACUUCGCUGAGAUGGCCGUCGCAAUCACCAAGCCGGGCAAACCGAGCGAGGCAUACCGUGAAAGUAAAGGGAUCCGCCAAUGCCGCCGGGAGAUCCUAACCAUGCCACCAGAAAAUCCGCGCAAACAGGCGUGGAAGCAACUCCAACAAUUCCGCCGCGGGGAACAAAGCUUGGCUGAAAGAAAAGCUGCACCUUGCCGCAAGGGCUACUGGAAGUCCAAAAAGGCGGUGGGCAACGACGGCUACAACAACUCCUGGGAACUUGGGCUGCGUUCGCAAGAACACUUGCGCGAAGACCUGCAAAAGUACUUCAACAAGAUCUUCUGCAAACGAGAUGUACGAGAGGUUCGCCUACAAAUAGUGGAAGUUCUAGAACGAAUAUCACGACUGUGCAAGAAAGCCAGCUGGCACCCUUUCACAGAAGAGGAGCUGACCACCGUCAGAAAACGUUGGAAGAACGUUUGGCGAAACCAACUCCUCUACAUCCUGAACGACUUCUUCUAUGUGGGGAACCUACCAAACUCGGUAGAACGUGGCAUCACCGUCCUGCUUGCGAAAAAGCCAUCCCCCAGCGACUGGGGGGACACAAGGCCGAUAACCUUGAGCUCCGUGAUCCUCAAGACCUUCUCGCAGCUCAUUAUCCAAGGGUCGCCGAAUCAUGUGCAGCUCCCAUCAAGACUUCAGUGGGGCCGACGACACAGACAAGGCGUGGAGCUCAUCCUGCUUCUCCGAAAGGUUUGCCGUACUGCUCCCCGUACCGCCCACGACUGGGGCAUCCCGAUGUUCCUGGCCAAACUGGAUACAGGCAAGGCUUUUGAUUCGGUCUACCAAGAGGCCAUUGCUGAAGAAAUCGCCCGCGACGUGGGGGAAGCCGGGGGACAGCCAUGGGAAGCCCGAGCCUGGGUCACUCUGUUGCAUGCCCAGCACAUCUGCAUCACGUUUCGUGGAAAGACCUUCGAGCUCGACCAGUCCAAUGGAGUCCGACAAGGCUCUCCCGAUAGCCCGAUUGCCUUCGGAAGAACCGCGGCACGAACACUGGACGACGCCCUGACCGAAGCCAGUUCUCGGAAACCACAGUCCGGGGAACAGCCACCCGAAAACGGCGGCAGCUACAUGGACGACACCUACAUCUGGACAACCUGUGCCCGACACAUGCAGAAGAUGCUCAACUGCCUCAACAACAACUGCCACCAAAUGGACUGGACAUCCACCCGGAGAAGACGGAAAUCGUCGACAAUGAUGGCGGCGGACACGUCUUCGAGAUUGGGGAACAACGGGUGA